CUCUCCGUUCUUCACCGUCCGAGCUCUCUCUCUCUCUCUCUCUCUCUCUCUCUCUCUCUGUGCCCGCUCCUCGGAAGAACUCUCCUCAGUCCGCUGAGCAAAGAGCAAAAGGGAGAAGAACAACUCUGAUCUCAGUUCCUCCUAUCGUCCAGCAAUGGCUCAGCCUCUCGUGAAGAAGGACGAUGAUCACGACGACGAAGCUGAGUACUCUCCCUUUCUUGGGAUUGAAAAGGGGGCUGUUCUUCAAGAGGCUAGGGUCUUCAAUGACCCUCAGCUUGACCCUAGGCGGUGCUCCCAGGUUAUCACAAAACUUCUGUAUCUGCUGAACCAAGGAGAGACGUUCACAAAGAUAGAAGCAACCGAAGUAUUUUUUGCUGUCACGAAGCUCUUUCAGUCAAGAGAUCUCGGAUUGAGGAGAAUGGUUUAUCUGAUGAUCAAGGAGCUCUCUCCUUCCUCAGAUGAGGUGAUCAUUGUGACAAGCUCUCUCAUGAAGGACAUGAACAGCAAGACUGACAUGUAUCGAGCUAAUGCAAUUAGGGUCUUAUGCCGCAUCACCGAUGGAACCCUUCUUACACAGAUUGAACGAUAUCUGAAGCAAGCAAUUGUUGACAAGAAUCCAGUGGUUGCUAGUGCAGCCUUAGUCAGUGGGAUCCAUCUACUUCAGUCAAAUCCCGAGAUUGUGAAGCGGUGGAGUAAUGAGGUUCAAGAAGCCAUGCAAUCAAGGGCAGCUCUUGUUCAGUUCCAUGCACUGGCUUUGCUGCAUCAGAUCCGCCAAAAUGAUAGACUUGCUGUUAGCAAGCUAGUGACCAGCUUGACUCGGGGGACUGUUCGCUCACCUCUGGCCCAAUGCCUCUUAAUUCGUUACACUUGCCAAGUUAUCCGCGAGUCAGCUGGUAACACACAAACGGGGGAGCGGCCAUUUUAUGACUAUCUUGAGAGCUGUUUACGGCACAAAGCUGAAAUGGUGAUUUUUGAGGCUGCCAGAGCUAUCACCGAGCUAAAUGGUGUGACAAGCCGAGAAUUGACCCCGGCAAUUACUGUUCUCCAGCUUUUCUUAAGUUCUUCCAAGCCAGUAUUGCGAUUUGCUGCUGUCCGCACUCUAAACAAGGUGGCAAUGAUGCAUCCAAUGGCUGUGACUAAUUGCAACAUAGACAUGGAGAGUUUGAUCUCUGACCAGAAUAGGAGCAUUGCAACACUUGCCAUCACCACACUUCUGAAGACUGGAAAUGAAUCUAGUGUAGAUCGCCUAAUGAAGCAGAUUACAAAUUUCAUGUCUGAUAUUGCAGAUGAGUUCAAAAUUGUAGUGGUGGAAGCAAUAAGAUCACUAUGUUUGAAGUUUCCAUUGAAGUACAGAUCCCUGAUGAAUUUCCUAAGCAACAUCCUCAGAGAAGAAGGUGGAUUUGAGUAUAAGAAGGCAAUUGUAGAUUCAAUUGUUAUCCUCAUCAGGGAUAUACCUGAUGCAAAAGAAAGUGGAUUGCUUCAUCUUUGUGAAUUCAUUGAAGACUGCGAAUUCACUUACCUCUCAACACAGAUACUCCAUUUUCUGGGCAUUGAAGGGCCCAAAACAUCAGAUCCAAGCAAAUACAUUAGAUACAUUUACAAUCGUGUACACCUUGAGAAUGCUACUGUUCGAGCCAGUGCUGUUAGCACAUUGGCGAAGUUUGGUGCCAUGGUAGAUUCAUUGAAGCCACGCAUUUUUGUCCUGUUGAGGCGUUGUUUGUUUGACAGUGAUGAUGAGGUUCGAGAUAGAGCAACCUUGUACUUGAACACACUUGGAGCUGAUGGUGCAAUGGAUGAAACUAAUGAAGAUGCAAGUGAAUUCCUGUUCGGAUCUCUGGAUGUUCCGCUGGUCAACUUGGAGACAAGUUUGAAAAACUAUGAGUCCUCUGAUGAACCCUUUGAUAUUUCCUCCGUGCCCAGGGAGGUCAAAGUUCAGCCACUUGCUGAAAAGAAAGCUCCGAGUAAAAAGCCAGCUGGUUUGGGUGCUCCUCCUAGUGGACCUACUGCCACAGUUGAUGCAUAUGAGAAGUUGCUGUCUUCUAUUCCAGAGUUCUCCAGCUUCGGCAACCUCUUUAAGUCAUCUGCACCUGUUGAGCUCACAGAAGCAGAGACAGAGUACGCAGUUAAUGUGGUCAAGCACAUUUUCGACCAGCAUGUCGUGUUUCAGUACAACUGCACAAAUACAAUUCCAGAGCAAUUGCUGGAAAACGUCACUGUCCUAGUGGAUUCUUCAGAAGCAGAGGAGUUUGCUGAAGUUGCAUCCAAGCCUCUACAAUCUCUUCCCUAUGAUUCACCAGGACAGACUUUUGUGGCUUUUGAGAAACCACAAGGAGUUCCUGCAGUUGGAAAAUUCUCCAACAUCUUGAAGUUCAUUGUUAAAGAGGUUGAUACAUCAACUGGUGAGGCAGAAGAUGAUGGUGUUGAAGAUGAGUAUCGGCUCGAAGACCUUGAGGUGGUUGCAGCAGAUUACAUGCAGAAAGUUGGAGUCUCCAACUUUAGGAAUGCAUGGGAAAAUAUGAACCCUGAUAGCGAGAGGGUUGACGAGUAUGGCCUGGGACCAAGGGAGAACCUGUCUGAGGCUGUUAACGCUGUCAUCAACCUUCUUGGCAUGCAGCCAUGCGAGGGCACGGAGGUUGUCCCAAGCAACUCAAGGUCGCAUACCUGCCUACUUUCUGGUGUGUUCAUUGGCAAUGUGAGGGUCCUUGUUCGGUUGUCCUUCGGGAUCGAUGGUGAGAAAGAAGUUGCCAUGAAAUUGGCCGUCAGAUCAGAUGACGAGAGCGUUAGUGAUGCGAUACACGAGAUCGUGGCAAGUGGCUAGUUUUCUCAUGUGACUUUUGAUCAGCUUGAAAAUUGUUUCUUGGCAUUAUUCUUUUCCCUCCCUCAUGUAAUGGUGAAUGAUAGAAUAGGCAAACUUAAGUCCCCAAUGAUGAGGACCCUUUUAUAGAAAUGAUUCGGUUCGAUGAAUAUGUUUUUGAGCUGUGAUGUUUGAUGUUUUGUAGUAACAUUCUUUUUGGUAUAUGGAUGGCUGUGUACUCAAAUAUGACAUGGAAUGUUUAUGCACCUUUUGCUCUUUAAUUCGGA